UCCAAAUCGUUGAGCAAUUAACCCUAAAAUUCGAAAAUUUUCAAAAGGAAGUCCGAAUUCGGCAUGUCUAAGGCGCCGGCUUCCUCAGCCGCACCGCCGCCGCCUCCAUGGAUCGAACUACCCGAGGAUUUGACGGCGAAUAUCCUCCAAAGGCUGCACGCUGAACAGAGACUGGGGGGUGCGCAGUUAGUGUGCAGUACAUGGCGGAGAGUCUGCAAAAAUCCUGCCAUGUGGCGCGUUAUUGAUUUGGACUAUCGACGUUGCGAGGACGAAGCAGAAUUUGACUCCAUUUGCCGCGGCGCUGUGGAUCGUAGCCAGGGACAGUUGAUCGAGCUAAAGGUUAUCAAUUUGGAUGAAGCGUUUGGGUUUCUGAACUACGCCGCCGAGCGAUCAAGUCAGCUCCUAUGCCUUACACUCGCAGGGUAUGAGCAAAUGGAAACUGAUUUGACUAAUACAAUAAAAAAACUCCCACAACUGGAAGAGUUACACCUCAUCAGGAUGCCAUCACUCACCCCCAAACAAUUUGCAACCAUUGGCAUCUCUUGCCCCUUGUUGAAAUCAUUUACAUAUAACCAACAAUGGUACGAGCAUCCAUUAUUUCCAGAAGAUGAGGAUUUCCAUGGUGAAGAUUUCUGCACUAAGCAUGCUAUUGCAAUUGGAAAAAGCAUGCCUAAUCUGCGCCAUCUCAGACUUUGGGCACUGUAUAUGAAGAACAAGGGAGUGGAAGCGAUUCUCGAUGGCUGCCCCCACCUUGAAUCACUCGAUCUUCGAAGAUGCUCUGGUGUUGAUCUAGAUGAAGCUCUGUUUAACAGAUGUAUUGAGCGAAUAAAAGAUCUGAUACUCCCUUCUGACGGUAACACUAGUGAUCCUGAUUUGCUUGAAGAUCCCAGAUAUGAUGGUUGGGAUGACAAUAGAUCAUCGAAUUUGGCUAAGUUCAGCAUGUCUGAUUUGUAUGAUGACGGCUUCGAUGAUUAUAAUGAUUGGGGAGGAUUUUCUGGUUCUUACUAUUUCUAAUCUUGAAAGACGAAAAUGCUAAGGUGUCUGAUAUUUCAAGACGCGUCUUCACUUUUUAUGUAGGUGUUACGGUAAACGGUUGGGCACCGGGGGGGGAGCCAUGUUAGACUGUAAAGUUUCUACAAUGCAUUUCUGGCUUAAAUCUAUAUGGACAAAUACCACUCCUAACAUGUUAGUAGGCUUUUGUGUUACUGAAUUUGUGAUGCUAGUUGAUUUCAAGUUGUCAAUGCAGCAUUUUGGAGGUUUCAUUAUA